AUGCUCCAAGACAACCAAGAUUAUCUUCGACAUGCAAUUGCUGAAUGGCAAAAUAUGCCCGUUAAAGAAAAAUUAAUUUGGAUAAAAAAAUCAGAAAAAGACAAGAGAAGAUAUCAACGUGAAGUUGUUGAAUAUUACAAAUUAAAAUAUCAAAAUGUGGAAGAACAUUUUGAAUAG